AUGUCGCAGCACGAUUUCAUGCUCAAGGACGAGUGCCUCGUGCUGAACUACAACGACGAGGUCAUCGGCGCUGACAACAAGUACAACACGCACAAGUUCGUGGCCGGCCAGCCCAAGGGCGUCGUGCACCGCGCCUUCUCGGUGAUGCUCUUUGACUCGACGGGCCGCCUCCUCCUUCAGCAGCGCGCCGCCUCGAAGGUCACCUUCCCUCGCGUGUGGACAAACACGUGCUGCUCGCACCCGCUGCACGGCCAGACGCCGGACGAGGUCGACCCGCCGCGGACCGAGACGUCCGGCGAGCCCAAGGGCAUCUUUGCCGCCGCGGUGCGCAAGCUCAAGCACGAGCUCGGCAUCGAGCCGGCGCAGCUGGCCGACGCAAAGUUCAAGUACAUGGGGCGCGUGCACUACUGGGCGGCGGACACGGUGACGCACGGGCCGGCCGCGCCGUGGGGCGAGCACGAGAUCGACUACCUCGUGCUGGUCCGGCUGCCGGUCGAGGCGGCCGCCUUUGCCCUCGCGCCGGAGCCCGACGAGGUGAUGGCGACCGAGUGGGUCGACGCGACGCGGCGCGCGCUACGGCAGUGGAUGGGCGAGCCGACGGAGCUGUGGUCGCCCUGGUUCCGCGUGAUAGCGCGCGAGCGGCUGUACGGCUGGUGGGAGGACCUCGACGCGGCGUGGCGCCUCAAGGCGCGGGCGCCGCCGAGGGAGGGGGGACGCGAGAGAGAGGAGAGGGGGGGGGUCGAGCGGCGCCGCGCGCCCGCCUCCUCAUCGCGCGCCGCGCCCGCCCUCGCCUCAGGCGGAGCUGCCGAUCCUGCGGUUUGA